UCUGUGUGUGUAUGUGUGUGUUUCAGUGAUGGGGCAGUGACUGUGCCUCAGUGUUACAGUCCUGCUCAGCUCAGACAUUUAGUUUUUGAUUGAAUAAUUGAAUUUUGGUUUAAUUUUCUUCUUCAUCCCCUGCCUCCUUGUCACCAUGCUGCGGGUUGUUGUAGAGUCAGCUAAAGGUUUGCCCAAAAAGAAGGUUGGAACUCCUGAUCCAAUCACAUCUGUGAUCUUUAAAGAGGAAAAGAAGAAAACCAAAUCCAUUGACAGUGAACUGAAUCCUGUAUGGAAUGAGGUGCUCGAGUUUGACCUGAAGGGCACGCCGCUGGACACCAGCGCCUACAUCGAUGUGAUUGUGAAAGACUAUGAAACACUUGGGAAAGACAAGUUUCUUGGAUCGACUAAAAUCUCUUUGAGAGACCUCGCCUCAGGUCAAACGCGAACAAUACCGUCCAAAAACGUGCCAUUGCUCAACGAAAGUGGUCAGAAUAUCGGAGCAACAAUCGACCUUGUGAUUGGCUACGAUCCUCCACCAAACGCUGCACCAAACCCCAAUGACCCUCAAGUAGGAGACACUAUGAUGGACACUGGUGGCGGCGGUGGUGAUGGUGACGGGGGUGAUGAGGGGAAUGAGACUCAGCUGGAUGGAAGUACAACUACUCCUGCAGGGGGCGCAACGCCCUCUGGUCAGACGGUGAACCUGCGUAAGCGACUAGCCAGAGCACAGGGUCGCCACCGACUGGCCAAUAAACCUCAAGACUUCCAGAUCCGUGUUCGGAUCAUCCAGGCUCGUCAGUUGUCGGGGAACAAUGUCAAACCCGUGGUGAAAGUCAGCACGUGUGGACAAACCCACAGGACGAGGAUCAGGAGGGGAAACAACCCGUACUUUGACGAGAUGUUGUUCUAUAAUGUCAACAUGCUGCCGUCUGAUCUGUUCGAUAAGCAAAUAAGCUUCCGGGUGUAUGAUUCUUACUCACUGAGGGCCGACAGUCUCAUGGGAGAAUUCAAGCUGGACGUCGGUUAUAUUUACGAUGAACCAGCCCACUGUGUCAUGAGGAAGUGGCUUCUCCUCAAUGACCCAGAUGAUUCCAACUCUGGAGCUAAAGGCUACCUCAAAGUCAGCCUCUUUGUCGUUGGAACAGGAGAUGAACCUCCGGUGGAGAAGAGGGAGUGUAGCGACGACCAGGAUGACAUAGAGAGUAACCUGCUGCUGCCGGCCGGUGUGACUCUGCGAUGGGCCACGCUCUCGCUGAAGGUCUUCAGGGCUGAAGAUAUUCCUCAGAUGGACGACGCCUUUGUCCAGUCCCUGAAAGGGAUUUUUGGAGGUGAUGGAAACAAGAAGAACCUGGUGGAUCCUUUCUUAGAAGCUCGCUUCGCAGGCAAAAAGCUGUGCACUCAGAUCAUUGAGAAGAACGCAAACCCUGAAUGGAACCAGAUCCUGCACCUUCAAGUGAAGUUCCCCUCCAUGUGUGAGUCUGUCAAACUUACAGUCUUUGAUUGGGAUCGCUUGACAGGGAAUGAUGCCAUUGGUACGACGUACCUGAACCUUGCCAAGAUUGCCUCCUCUGGUGGAGAGAUAGAAGAGGAACAUGCAGGAAAUGUGGAAAUAUCAUCGUUUGAAGCUAAGACGGGUCAGUCCGAGGUGGGUUUCCUGCCUGUGUUUGGGCCGUGCUUUGUCAACCUUUACGGCAGCCCCAGAGAGUUCACCGGGCUGCCAGAUCCCUAUGAGGAUCUCAACUUUGGCAAGGGAGAAGGAGUGGCGUACCGUGGGAGGAUCAUGGUGGAGCUGGCCACAAAGUUGGAGGGGAAAGUGGACAAAACUGUUGACAACAUCCACAGUGACGACAUCCUGGUGGCUCAGAAGUACCAGAGGAGGAGGAAGUACUGCCUGUGCGCCGUCUUCCACAGCGCUACCAUGAUUCAGGAGCCUGGCGAACCAAUCCAGUUUGAGGUCAGCAUCGGUAACUACGGCAACAAACUGGACGCCACGUGCAAACCUCUGGCGUCCACCACUCAGUACAGCUGUGCUGUAUUUGAUGGUAACCAUUAUUAUUACCUGCCCUGGGCCAACACUAAGCCGGUGGUGGUGGUUACCUCAUACUGGGAAGACAUCAGCCACCGCUUGGACUCUGCCAACAUCAUCCUCUUCAUUGCUCACCACCUGCAAUCCAACCUGAAGGCCUUUAAAACUGCCAUCUCAGCCAAAGUCUCCGACAACCAACUGGUAGAGGUGUGGCUGAAGUUACUCAAUCAGCUCAUCGAGGACCUGGAAAGUUUCCCCAUGCCUGAACUGGAGGGCCGCUCCAACCUGACGUCACUGGACAUCCAAAUCAAAAAGCUGCGAGACAGCGAUUUGAAGUCCAUCCUACAGGGAGCCAGACGGAUGAGAGAGGAGGCCAUGGAGAUCAAAGACACUCUGCCCGACAUUGAGGCCUUGGCUGACAAACUUCACAUGCUGGCUGAAGAGCCCCAGAACAGCAUGCCUGACGUGAUUAUCUGGAUGCUCCGCGGUGAGAAGAGAGUGGCCUACAGUCGCAUCCCCGCUCACCAAAUCCUCUUUUCCACGUAUGGUGAGCAGGCGUGUGGUCGACACUGUGGCAAGACACAGACCAUCUUCCUACAGUACCCGAUGGACAAGGACAAAGGUUUGAAGGUGCCAGUUCAGAUCAGAGUCAACAUGUGGCUGGGUCUGUCUGCUCAGGAGAAGAAGUUCAACUCCUUCUCUGAGGGAACCUUCAGUGUGUUCGCUGAGUUGUACGAGAACCAGGCCAAAGUGUUCGGGAAGUGGGGGACCACAGGUCUGGUGGGACGCCACAAAUAUUCAGACGUCACGGGCAAACUGAAGCUGAAGCAAGAGUACUUCCUGCCCCCUAGAGGAUGGGAGUGGGAGGACCAGUGGUUCAUUGACCCAGAGAAAGCUCUGUUGACGGAGGCAGAUGCAGGACACACUGAAUUUAUGGACGAGGUUUUCCAAAAUGAGACUCGCUUCCCCGGAGGAGAGUGGAAAGCUGCCUCCGAGCCCUUCACUGAUGUGAAUGGAGAAAAAAGCCGCCAGCCAGGAGAGUUUGAGUGUCCUCCAGGCUGGAUGUGGGAGGACGAGUGGACAGUGGACGACAAUAGAGCUGUGGAUGAUCAAGGCUGGGAGUAUGGAGUGACCAUCCCUCCAGAUGACAAGCCUCGCUCCUGGGUUCCCACAGAGAAGGUGUACCACGUCCACCGCAGGAGGAGGCUGGUCAGGCCACGCAGGAGAGCCGCGCCCCCUUCAGGAACACCAGUGGAGAGACAGGAUCAAGGUGACCCCGAGGGAUGGGAAUUCUCCUCUCUGAUUGGCUGGAAGUUCCACAGGAAGGAGCGCUCAUCGGAUACGUUUCGUCGCAGGCGCUGGAGGCGCAAGAUGGGACCGGAGGACCGCCUCGGAGCGUCUGCCAUCUUUCAACUGGAGGGUGCACUAGGUGUUGAUACCGAGGAAAAGGAGAAAGGCUCCAAGACCGAUGUCUCCAAGCUGUUUGGUGCAAACACACCCACUGUGUCUUGCUCCUUUGACAGGUCAUAUGUGUACCACCUCCGUGUCUAUGUCUACCAGGCUCGGAACUUGACAUCAAUGGACAAGGAUAGUUUUUCUGAUCCGUACGCUCACAUCUCCUUCCUGCAUGUGAGUAAGACGACAGAGAAGCUGCGAGCGACGCUGAACCCGACCUGGGACCAGACUUUGAUUUUCAAUGACGUGCAGAUUUACGGAGACCCUCAGCACGUUGCUCAGCACCCGCCCGAUGUCAUCGUGGAGUUCUACGACCACGACCAAGUGGGGAAGGAUGAGCUGCUGGGUCGCACUGUUUGCACUCCAAUGGUGAAACUGAGUGCCGGCAUGGAUCAGACACCCAGGCUUCUGUGGCAUUCCAUCAUUCAGAAGGGACAGAAGGCAGGAGAGGCACUGCUGGCUGCUGAACUUAUCCUGAAAGACAAGUCAGGGGACUCAGAGCUUCCUCUGUUUCCUUCAAUGAGAGGAGAGAACCUCUACAUGGUUCCUCAGGGAAUCCGGCCCGUGGUGCAGCUCACUGCUGUGGAGAUUCUGGCCUGGGGUCUGAGGAACAUGAAGUCAUACCAGCUGGCCUCAGUGACCUCCCCCAGCCUGGUGGUGGAGUGUGGUGGUCAGAGGGUGGAGUCUGCUGUCAUCAAGAACUUGAAGAAGAGCCCCAACUUCCCCAGCUCUGUCCUCUUCAUGAAAGUGCUCCUUCCAAAGGAGGAAAUGUUUACACCUCCCAUCGUGCUGAAGGUGAUCGAUCACCGUCCGUUCGGCCGGAAGCCCGUGGUUGGUCAGUGCACCAUCACGUCCCUGGAGGGGUUCAGAUGUGACCCCAACAUCAUCACUGCAGAUGGAGCCAUGUCUUCCAAAAUGUCUCUGAUGAUGGCGUCCCCUUACAAACACAUUUCUAUCAACAUGGAGGACAGACCUCUGCUGGAGGCCCAGAUUGCAGAGAAGGAAAAAGAGACGGUUGAUUGGUGGAGCAAAUUCUAUGCUUCAACCGGAGACCGUGAGAAAUGUGGGCCUUACCUCAAGAAAGGAUACGACGCCCUCAAAGUGUAUGAAUGUGAACUGGAGGAUGUCCCGGAAUUCAUGGGGCUGACGGAUUUCUGCAACACCUUUAAACUGCAGCGGGGCAAGAACGAAAGUGGAGACGAUGACCCCACCGUGGUUGGAGAGUUCAAGGGUUCAUUCAGAGUCUACCCGCUGUCAGACGACCCGGGUGUUUGUCCUCCUCCCCGUCAGUUCCGCGAGCUGCCAGACAGCGGAACGCAGGAGUGUCUGGUCAGGAUCUACGUGGUCCGAGCCAUAGAUCUACAACCCAAGGACAACAACGGCAGAUGCGACCCAUACAUUAAAAUAUCGCUGGGAAGGAACACAAUUGACGACAGAGACCAUUACAUACCCAAUACCAUCGGCCCCGUGUUUGGAAGGAUGUUUGAGAUGACAUGUUUCCUGCCGCAGGACAAAGACCUGAGAAUCUCAGUCUACGACUAUGAUCUCCUGAGCCGCGACGAGAAGGUCGGGGAGACGGUCAUCGACCUGGAGAACCGCUUCCUGUCCAGAUACAACUCCUACUGUGGCCUGCCACAAACAUACUGCACUUCUGGUAUAAACCAGUGGAGGGACCAGCUGAAGCCGUCUGAGAUCCUGGAGAACCUGGCUCGUCUUAAAUGUCUGUCCAAGCCCAGAACUGAGGACAACGGCACCUCACUCACCUUCAACGGCAAAGACUACACGCUGGCUCAGUUUGAAAACAACAAGGAGAUCCAUCAACAUCUGGGUCCGGCCCGAGAGCGACUCUGCCUUCACGUGCUCAGGUCGCAGGGACUUGUCCCCGAACAUGUGGAGUCCAGGACCCUCUACAGCAGCUUCCAGCCCAAUCUCUCUCAGGGAAAGCUUCAGAUGUGGGUGGACGUUUUCCCCAAGAGCAUCGGCGUCCCCGGUCCUCCGUUUGACAUCACACCACGCAAGCCUAAGAAGUAUUUCCUGCGAGCCGUGAUCUGGAACACCACCGACGUCACAUUAGACGAGAAGAGCAUCACCGGAGAAAGCAUGAGCGACAUUUACGUCAAAGGCUGGAUGCCAGGUAUGGAGGAGGACAAGCAGAAGACGGACGUCCACUACAGGUCCCUGGACGGCGACGGUAACUUUAACUGGAGGUUCAUCUUUGACUUUGACUUCCUGCCCGCUGAACAACACUGCCUCGUGUCCAAGAAGGAACACUUCUGGAGUCUCGACAAGACCGAGUUCAGGAUUCCGCCCAAGUUGAUUGUUCAAAUAUGGGACAACGACAAAUUCUCGCUGGAUGAUUAUCUUGGAACACUGGAGCUGGAUCUGCGGGACCUGGUCGCCCCUGCAAAGACCCCAGAGAAGUGUUCUCUGGAGAUGAUGGAUGUCAUCAACAGAGAGGCUCCAUGCAAGAUGGAGAAUGCCAAAUCUCUGUUUGCACAGCAGUCUGUCAGAGGCUGGUGGCCCUGCUCCAUCGAGCAGGACGGACAGAAGGCCCUGGGUGGCAAAGUGGAGAUGACGCUGGAGAUUGUGAGCGAAACGGACGCAGACGAGAGACCGGCGGGAAAAGGCAGAGACGAACCCAACAUGAACCCAAAACUGGACUCUCCCAAUCGCCCGGAAACAUCCUUCUUCUGGUUCACUAACCCGUGUAAGACCAUGAAGUUCAUCGUGUGGAGAAGGUUCAGGUGCCUCUUCAUCACCAUCAUCAUCCUCACUAUAGUCAUCCUCUUCCUCGCCAUCCUGUUGUACUCUUUACCGAACUACAUCUCGAUGAAGAUCGUGAGGCCUCUGGCAUAACUUCACCGAGGAGGAGAAAGAAAAGCAGCAGGAGGAGCUGGACAGGACAAUGACUGCAGGUUCACAGUGAAUACACUGCUUUUAAAGCCUUUAGUGUUUUAUAAAUGGGGAAAUGGGUUCUUGCACAUUUUUGCACUAUAUCAACAACACGUUUUUUUUUUUAAUUACCACAAACACUUUUAUGUCUACACCAUUACUGAACUGUGACAGAAACUGGACCACUAAACUCACUCACCGCUUUCAUCACCGGAAUAUAGAAGCUUUUCCCUUUUAUACUGUGAUGCAACCAAAUAAACAGUCCACAGUUAUUUGUUAGGGAGAUUGUGCACAAAAAAGUAGUAUUUGGUGGUGAUUGCACAGUUAAAUAAAAUUCUAAUGCACAAUGUAAGUAAAUGAAGCGGCGACCACUUAAUUACGCAACUGUUUUAUUUGACGGCAUAACAAUGUACUUGGGUUUUCUAUCAUCUCUCAGUAUAAUACGGAUUUUUGUGACCGACGACAGUCAUCUCAAGUGUGUCUGACUUUUAUAUGUUACGUAGUAUAUUAAAAAAUAAGCGGCC